GGGUGACAUUGUAUCGUACUACAAUUCUACCCGGAAUGACAUCUCUGACAUCAAGGGCGACAUUGUAUCAUACUACAAUUCUACACGGAAUGACAUCUCUGACAACAAGGGUGACAUUGCAUCAUACUACAACUCUACAAGGAAUGACAUUUCUGACAUCAAGGUUGACAUUGCAUCAUACUACAACUCUACACGGAAUGACAUCUCUGACAUCAAGGGUGACAUUGCAUCAUACUACAACUCUACACGGAAUGACAUUUCUGACAUCAUGGAGAACAUUGAUUCAUAUUACGAUGACACCCUAAAUCAAAUCGAAUCGUACUACAACUCUACACAGAAUGACAUCUCUGACAUCAAGGGAGACAUCGCAUCAUACUACAACUCUACACAGAAUGACAUCUCUGACAUCAAGAUGGAUAUCGCAUCAUACUACAACUCUACACAGAAUGACAUCUCUGACAUCAAGGAGGAUAUCGCAUCAUACUACAACUCUACACAGAAUGACAUCUCUGACAUCAAGGAGGAUAUCGCAUCAUACUACAACUCUACACAGAAUGACAUCUCUGACAUCAAGGAAGAUAUUGCAUCAUAUUACAAUGACAUGCAGAAGAGCAUUGAAUCCUAUUACAAUGACACAAAGGAUGUCAUUG